AUUCAGUGACUUUUGUGUUGUGCGGGCGAUGGCCCGAGUGUGAUGGAAUAUUUUGAAGGAGCAAAGGACUAUAUUAUGCAUGACAGUCGUAAGGAAGACUUCGCUUGGGAGUCGUCAGUGAGAUUGACUUUGGUGGGAAGUAACGAAGACUUGGGGAUGUUUCUCGAAGAGAGAGAGGGUAGGAAGCGGAAGUGGCACCAGGGAGAGGGGAAGAUGAUGAGGCGGGAGGAUGGAGAGGAGAAGGAACAGAGAAAGGUGCCGCCGAAAAAGAUUAUGGCGACCCUUGGCGAGAUGGGCGGCAGCGGCACCAGCUCGUCGUCAUCACAUAUGUCCCCUGGCUGGCAGGUCAACGAUCUCGACCUGGACUUGCCCGGCGAACUGUCCAUGAACGAGGCACUGCUGUCUCUGCCGUCGUUGGCCGUCUUCAAGCAAGAAGCGCCCUCACCUACCGGCAACGUGGUGUCUCCACCUCGCCGCGCGUGGCCGGCUCGCAGAACUGACGACAGACAGAUCACCAAUAUGGUGAUCGACAAUCGUGACGGCAUGGAGGACGCCUGCCAGCAGUCCUCACCACACAACGGCAUGGUGAAUACCCAUUCCAGUCCAGAGAGCAUGCAGUGCCAGUCAAUGCCAGUCGCCGUGAUGCCAAUGAACGGUUACCAUUCGCCGACUAACCAGGAGAAUAAAAAUGCCGGUCUUCUGAUGUGUUCUCCAGUCAGCUCUCUGGACGGCUUCUUACACUCCCCCUCCACUCGUCCCGACACGAGCUUCAAGGACGAUACCAGAUUCGAUUUCUUUUCUAGAUUUCAAUAUGUCCUAGCUGCGGCCACGUCGAUAGCCACCAAGCAAAACGAGGAGACGCUGACGUACCUCAACCAGGGCCAGCCGUACGAGAUCAAGUUGAAGAAGCUGGGCGACCUGUCGCAUUACAAGGGGAAGAUUUUGAAGAGUAUAAUUAAGAUCUGCUUCCACGAACGUCGUCUGCAAUACGCGGAGAGGGAGCAGAUCGCCCAGUGGCACGCGGAGCGGCCCGGAGACAGGAUCCUAGAGGUGGACGUGCCGCUGUCGUACGGCGUGCUGCGCGCCGAGCUGCCCGCCAGCCUCAACGCGCUGCACGUGUACUGGGACCCCACCAAGGACGUGGGCGUCUACAUCAAGGUGAACUGCAUAUCGACGGAGUUCACGGCCAAGAAGCACGGCGGCGAGAAGGGCGUGCCGUUCCGCAUCCAGAUCGAGACGAGCCUCGCGGCCGACGAGCUGCAGCGCCUGCACGCCGCCGCCUGCCAGGUCAAGGUGUUCAAGCUGAAGGGCGCUGAUCGCAAACACAAGCAGGACAGGGAGAAGGUGCUGCGUCGACCACGAGCCGACCUCGAAAAGUACCAGCCGGGCUGCGACGCGACUGUCCUCACCACCCUGUCAAACGACGCCCUCAUGCCGCCGCCGUCGCUAGUGACCACCUCGCCUCCGUAUUCGCCGGAGAUGUGCGUCGCCCCGAAGUCUAUUGCGAGUCCUAUAUUGGCCAACAAGCCGGUUUUAACACAGCCUUCAAUUCUUGCUUCACCCAAUCAAAUGAAACCACUUUAUUGUCAAGACGGCGGAGACGUUAAGGUGAACAGCCCGCCGUGCCACUCGCCGGGCGCCAUCCUGCCCGACCUGCCGCAGCCGGCAGAGGAUCCCGACAAGCACUACGGGCUGUCGAAGGAGGCGUCGUCGGCGGAGACGGCGUCGUGGCUCGCGCGCAACCGGUUCGCGGCGCACGUGGCCACCUUCGCCAACUUCUCCGGCGCCGACCUGCUGAGACUUUCCCGAGACGACAUUAUUCAGAUAUGCGGACUCGCUGAUGGCAUCCGUCUGUUUAACGCACUGCACGCCAAGCGCAUCGAGCCGCGCCUGACGCUGUACGUGUGCGCGGGGGGGGGCGGCGUGCACAGCGCGCUCUACCUGCACGCCGCGCGCGCGCACGACCUGCUGCACAGGCUGCGCGCGCUGCUGCCGCACGCACAGGAAUGCGAGACCGUCCUCGUGUCGGGACCCAACAAUGCUCGAGUCCGACUCACCGACGAGCUGGUCCGACACCUGCCGGACAAUUCCACAUACCGAUUGGAGAGGAUCGAGGACAAUGCGCUGCUGCUCAGCCCGACUGGCAACUGACAUCGAACCGAUCGCCGACUGACGGGACUGGCAACCGACAACGGAGUCGAUGAUUAAUAACUAUAUGAUAUCUACGAUGAUUACAUGACUGGCAUAUUACGACGACGCCAUUGAUACACGAAAGGAGAGCAAUGUAGUUGGCAACUUUCAACGAGAGCCAGCAACUACCAAGAAACAACAUCAAGAUGCUGCUUUUUGAGUUAGAGGCAAAGAUUGUAGUGAAAAUGUUAAUGAUACGAUAUCUUAAGUAUUUAGUUUGAAAAAUGUGUCUUAACUGAUUGUGAUUAUAAGGAAUAAGAUGCUAUUGAAAAGUGCCUUAAAUGAGUAAAUUAUACAAAAAAUUAAUACUUAGACAUCCUAUAUAACAAUGUUAUCAAAGACAGUCCAGGGUAUUUAAUACUGAUUUAGCUCUUUCUAGUGACUCGAGUAUUCUUGUCCGGGAUGUUGUUCUACAAUAAAGACUUGAAAAUUUUGAUAAGACUACCACAUUUUAAACUAUGGUAUUUUAUAACAGGUCAAUUUGUUUUAAUAAAGAGUUAUCGUUAUAAAAUAAUAUCAACAUAGACUGACAGACUUCAAUUGGAAACUUACUAUAUUAAUAUUGUGGGGUAAAUCUGGAAUAUACUAUUACAAUGAUUAUAUAACAGGGGCUUGAAGUUACCACAAGGUUUGAAAUUACUGAAGUAAUGUUAAUGGUUCUCUGAGG